AUGAACGUCGCUGUAGUCAUCGGGGCUGCCAGCAACCUAGGAUAUCACGUAUUGAAGAAACUCACAACAAUCUACGAUGGGAAAAUCUACUUCACAACAGAAGAUGAAACUAUCGGCUACCACGUUUACGAAUCCCUCAACAAAAACCCUAAUCUCGAAUACUUUAGAAUGGACAUAACAUAUACAAAGAGUAUCAUCAACCUACGGCAUCUCAUUCAAGACCGAGACGAGAGGAUAGAGCUCCUGAUAAAUAAUACGGAUUAUGUAUCAGAGAAGAACUUGGCACGGGCCGAAAAAGUACGCCGGACGCUUAGUGUAAAUUUCUACGGUUACAUAAAUUUUGGUAAACUUGUUUAUCCUCUGUUGACUGAAAACGCCAGAGUUAUUAAUGUGUCAGGCCCCGCGGGACUCUUGGCUACGAUCAAGAAUGAAGAGAUCAGAGCGAGAAUUAGUAAUCCAAAUAUUACAGAAGAUGAACUGGUUGCUUUGAUGCAGGAGUACGAAGAAGCCGUCAGAAGGGGAAUUGAGAAAACUGAAGGAUGGGGUAUGAGUAUGCAUUCUGUUAGUAAGGUGGCCCUCAACGCUGUAACGUUUCUCCAACAUAGAGAAUGGUCUGAACAAGGCGUAAUGAUAAACUGCGUGAAUCCCGGAAGCUUAUCUAGUAAAGAAGACAGAAAAUCAACAAAGGUGUACGAGGAAGGCGCUAAGGCUGUUUUGUUUCUAGCAACAGAGGCACCGUUGAGUUUAAAAGGCAAUUUCGUAUGGAGCAAUUACAAUGUGAUUCCUUGGAACACAGAUCCAUUCGUCGAAGUGACCACUGUGUGA